GGUGACGAGAGACAUUUCUCAUGCAGACUUGCCAUAUUUUGAACUAGAUGAAUUUCUGCGCAACCACUUGAAUAAAUAAUGAAAUAAUUCCACACUAGACGAUGAUGGAAUGAAUGAAUUCCGAAAUAGUUCCCGAAUUUGCGGCGGUUAUACAAUGUCAUGAAUCUGACUCAAUGCGCUUCUUCCGAGUGGUGCGUGAAGCCGAAAACCCCAGGCUAUCGGGUUUGUAGCUCUGCAUCUCGCUACAUUACAUGCUGAAAUUGUGAUUCUUAUUCCACUCUACCGGUGAAGAGAGCGCGUGGGCAGAGAGAGGUGAUGCUGCCGUGAUGCGUGCCCUUGGCUGUAGGAUGAACGUGGCGGCCAUCUUGAACGGUCUGCUAGUGUCCAUUGUGGCAGCGCUGCUGUGGAAGUAUGUGCACCUCAGCGAGCACGCGGUCCAGCUGGAGGAGGAGCUGCAGCUCACGCGCCAGUCGCAGGAGGUGUCUCAGGUACACAUGAUCGACUACCACGCCGCCCUGCUGGCCUUGCAGGAGCAUGGCACCCGCAUGGUGUGCUCGGGCAAGAUGCACACGGACCGCAUCUGCCGCUUCGAUUACCUCUGCUACUGCACGGAGGCCGAGGAGUUUGUCUUCUUCCAUGGCAACUCGUCGGUUAUGCUCCCCAACUUGGGUCCUCGGCGCUUCCAGCCAGCCUUGCUCGACCUCUCCUCUGUCGAGGACCACAAUACACAGUAUUUUAACUUCCUGGAGCUGCCCGCGGCUGCCCUGAAGUUCAUGGCCAAGCCCGUCUUCGUGCCGGACGUCACGCUCAUCAUGAAUCGCUUCAACCCCGACAACCUCAUGCACAUCUUCCACGACGACCUCUUGCCAAUCUUCUACACCAUGCAGCAGUUCUCCGACUUGGAUGACGAAGCCCGCCUGGUUUUCAUGGAAGGCUGGGCCGAGGGCGUCCACUUCGACUUGUAUCGGUUGCUAAGCAGCAAGCAGCCACUCCUCAAAGAACAACUGAGGAACUUUGGCAAGCUGAUGUGCUUUACCAAAUCAUAUGUCGGUUUGUCAAAAAUGACGACCUGGUACCAGUAUGGAUUUGUACAGCCACAAGGGCCUAAAGCAAACAUCUUGGUCUCUGGCAAUGAGAUCCGGCAGUUCGCUAAAACAAUGAUGGAAAGGAUGAACAUCACAAGAGGAGACAACACUGGCGACGAUUACAUUGUGGUGUUCAGCCGGUCCAUCAACAGGCUGAUCAUAAACGAAGCCGAGUUGAUUUUGGCUCUGGCUCAAGAGUUCCAGAUGCGCACUGUCACUGUGUCUCUGGACGACCAGUCGUUCGCCAACGUGGUGCAAGUCAUCAGUGGGGCGGCCAUGCUAGUUAGCAUGCACGGAGCGCAGCUCGUCACCUCCUUGUUCUUGCCCCGAGGAGCGGCGGUGGUGGAGCUCUUCCCUUAUGCGGUCAACCCUGACCACUACACUCCCUACAAGACUCUCGCCUCCUUGCCUGGCAUGGAUCUUCAGUACACGGCUUGGAGGAACACCAUCCCAGAGAACUCGGUGGCCUAUCCCGAGCGGCCGUGGGAUCAAGGCGGCAUCGCUCAUUUGGACAAGGAGGAGCGGGAGCGCAUUCUCGCCAGCAGGGAAGUCGCCAGGCAUCUGUGUUGUCGCAACCCAGAGUGGCUUUUCCGAAUUUAUCAGGACACCGUCGUUGACAUACCGUCUCUAAUGGCGUCCCUCAGGAGGACUUUACAAAUCAAGCCAAAUGCAAAAAGGGCCAAAGUCGCAAGCACCGUCCAUCCCGGCAGAGUGCGAGAGCCAAGGUGCCAGACAUCAGUCCAGGCCACCAACGAGGCCAAGCUGACGGUGUCCUGGCAAAUUCCUUGGAAUCUCAAGUACCUGAAGGUGCGCGAAGUGAAGUACGAGGUGUGGAUUCAAGAGCAGGGGGAGAACACGUACAUGCCUUACAUUCUUCCCCACCAGAACUACACUUUCUCAGAAAACAUCAAACCCUUUACGACCUACUUGGUGUGGGUGCGUUGCAUCUUCAACAAGUCCCUAUUGGGGCCUUUUGCGGAUGUUUUGUUAUGUAAAACCUGAUUGGCUCCUACACUGUUGUCCCUGUACAAUUUUAAUAAGUUUAAAGACAAUCAUAAACCAAGUGAAUAGUCAGUGUUUGAGGUCCUUGAUUUCAUAUGCAAGAGGAGAAUUGUACAGAUCAGAUGGUUCUAAAGCAUACCAAGAUUUAAAAGGAAGACAGCACAACCAAACCCUGGGCAACAAGCGAGGGUGCAGACGAACUCCUUUUCCAUCCCAAAACUUAACUCAAAGGAGAUGUUAUUGUAAGAAAACCACUUCUGCCAAUGAGGUUUUGGUUUUCAGUGCAGUUUGUGAUUGAUGAUGCAGGAACAGAUUCACCAAUUUAAUUGAAAUGGUUGCAGUCUCCUAGGAAAGUAUUUUGUUAUACUGCAGUAAGUGAUUUCCUUGUUUACUUAGUUGUGACCCUUUUGAUUGAACUGCUUGUUU